AUGGCUUCGAAAUUAAAACCGGCUCGGUUAGAAUCUGAAAUUGAGCGAUGUAGAGUUGAAGCAAAUUGGAAAAGGGCUCUGGAAUUAGCCCAACAACUCGGCCAAAAGUCCCCAGAUAUGAUAAGUUUGGUUAAUUUUAUAUUAGCGGAAAGUAAAUUGGAAGAAUUUCUCUCCGAACACCAACCUUCUGAGCGAACUGUUGCCAAAGCAAAAAGUGAACUGAAUGAAACGGAACAAAAAUUGUACGAUAUUUCUAGAAAUAAAUCAGUUACAAAACUUUCAUAUGAAUCUGAACUUCUUCUGGCAAAACUACAUUAUUGCAAAGGUGCUUACCAAACUGCAUUGUCAACAUUAGAAAAGUCCAAUUUUGAAGACGAAAAAUUCUCUGCAACUACAUCCUUAUCAAAUAGACAUCUGUUGCUCCUUGCAGAGUCUCAUGCCAUUAAAGGUAUGUGUCUGGAAAAAACUGCCCUGAAUUCAACAAGUAAAUUUAAAGUGAAUGAGAGAGAGCAACAAAUUAUUUCUUGUUUAGAAAAAGCUGGUGACAUUGCAUUGUUAUAUCUUCAAGAAAAAGAAAAGUACCAAUCAAGCAGUGGUGUGAUGGUGAUUCCUGCCCAUCCUAAUGAAACUAUUGGUUGUAUCAUAGAUUAUGCUAUUCAACAAACUCCUAUACUAUACAUCAAGAAUGGGGAGCUGGAAAAAGGAAUUGGUAGAUUUAGAGACUUACUUAGGGCUGUAGAAGUUAGAUCAACACAAAAUUUAAGAUUGACUCUUGCUCGUCAAUUGGCUGAAGUGUUGCUACGAGGUGUUUGUGCAAACACAUACAUAACAAUCAGUUUAUCUCCCUCAAAAGAUAAUGCAGUCGGUCCAAAAAUUUAUGAAGGUGAUAGUUUAUUUGUUCCCUCGGAUCAAAAUGAAGAGAUAUUAUUAUUAUUGUUAAUUGCUGAAGCUGUGGCUACAAGAGAGGCUGUACUUGACAGGACACAAGAACUGAAUGAAACGCGUCUGCAUGCAUUUAACAAUGCAGCAGCUAUUUAUGAUCUUCUGACAAUCACAUUGGUGAAAAGAGCACAGUUUACUUCGUUGGCGGAAUCAUUUGAGAGAGCAAUGCGGUUUUCAUUUGAAGAGUUCCAUAUUUGGCAUCAAAUGGCAAAUUCAUUAAUCUGUGCAGGCCGACAUGCUCAAGCGAUUCUUGUUUUAAAUGAAUGUAACAGACUUCAACCAGAUAAUGCUGUUGUUUGUUUACAAGCAGCUAGACUUUGUUAUGAAUAUCUUCAUCAGUAUAAUGAGGGAAUAGAAUGGUCUGUGAAGGUGAUAGACAAGUGUAAUAACAGUCAUCUGUUGUCCAGAGCUAAUACUGCAUUAGGAAUUGGAUAUAGUAUGAAAGCAUCUGAAACAAAACUAAGAUCAGAAAGAGAAAAGCUUCACAUACAAGCAUUAUCAGCAUUCAGAAAAUCUCAUAGUUUAGAUCCAUAUGAUUAUUUAGCUUUGUUUCACUUGGCUCUUCAACUAGCAAUUCUUCGUCAAAUACCUGAAGCUUUCAACUUUGUAAAACUUGCUCUGAAAUAUCGAAAUGAUCACAUACAUUCCUUGCAUCUUUUAGCACUGCUUCUAACAUCACAAAAGCAGUAUGAUGAAGCUUUAGUAUUAAUUCAUGCUGCUUUAGAAGAAUAUCCAGAUAAUCUUAGUUUAUUGCUUACAAAGUCAAAACUAGAAGAAAUUGUUAUAGGUCCAGAAGAGGCAUUAACCACUUGUAAAUUGAUGUUAAAAUUAUGGAAAGAUAUACAUGAAAUUGACAGUGACGAUGGUUCUGACACAAAAGCACCAGCUAUGGAUAGAAAUACUUUUGACAAAAGAAGUCUUGCUCAGUUGACUAUUAAUGAAUUUAGUGAAAGAGGAUCAGGAUCUAUUCGUGCUGAAUCAAUUGCAGCAUCCAGAAUGGAGAGGGCUUUAUCUGAGGUUGCUUCUUCUCUUAAUAGCACAUUUCAUCCCAGAUCAGGUUCUCAACAAUCUUGGAUGCUGCAAGCUCAAAUAUGGCUUCAUCUUGCUGAAUUAUUCAUAAGUUUAGAUAAAACAUCUGAAGCUGACAAUUGUGUCAAUGAAACAACUGGGUUAUUUCCUCUAUCUCAUCAGGUCUAUUUUAUGAAAGGUCGUGUUCUUGAACAUAAGCAAAGAUAUUUAGAGGCUAAAAUAUGUUUUGAAAAUUCAGUGGCAAUAAAUCCUGGCCAUACAAAAAGUCUGCAUCAUCUUGGAAUGGUUCUUCAUAACCUAAAUGAAAAUAAAUUGGCUGAAAAAGCUUUGCGUGAGGCAGUGAAUGCUGAUCCUACAUCUCAUCAAUCUUGGUUAUCGUUAGGAAUUGUUUUAGAAGAAUUAGGUCAUCAUGAUGCAGCUGCUGAUUGUCAUGCUAAAGGGAUAGAAUUAGAGUUGACUAGUCCCAUUGUUUCAUUCACUGUCAUUCCACGACUUAUGCAAUAA